GGAGAGCGAGGGCGGGCAGCCGAGGCAGAGGAGGGCACCAUCCGCCGCCGCCGCCGCCGCCGCCACCGCUUUAAAGCCUCCCGGCGCGGCACCGCGCAGCACCCGCGCUCAGCCGGCCAGGCGCGGCGAAGGCGCGGAGCUGCGCCGGCCCCGGCCCCGGCGCGGCGUCUCCGCCGCCGCCUCCCGCCUCGGGGCACCCGCGGCCAUGCGAGGCGGCCGCCCCCGCGGCCGCGCAGCUCGGCGCUGCCCGCCGCGGCUGCCCGCCGCCCCGCGCUGAGCCCGGCUGCCGCCGCCGCCGCCGCCGUCUCCCCGCGGCACCAUGUCCCGGCGCAAGAUCUCCUCCGAGUCCUUCAGCUCGCUGGGCUCGGACUGCCCGGAGACCAGCCCCGAGGAGGAGGGCGAGUGUCCCCUGUCCCGCCUCUGCUGGAACGGCAGCCGCAGCCCCCCCGGCCCCGCCGACACCCCCUUCGCCGCCGCCGCCGCCGCCGCUGCCGCCGCGGCCAGCGCCGGGGCUCGCCGCGCUCCGCGCCGCCGGCGGGUCAACCUGGACUCGCUGGGCGAGAGCAUCCGCCGCCUGACGGCCCCCGCGCCUCAGACCAUUCGGCAAACUCUUCAAAGGACACUGCAGUAUUUUGAGCAUCAAGUUAUUGGUUACAGGGAUGCAGAGAAGAACUUUCAUAAUAUAUCAAACAGAUGCUCCUAUACAGACUGCUCUGGCAAUGAAGAAACUGAAGAUGUCUCAGGAAUUCUCCAGUGUACGGCCAAUGUACUUGGUUUGAAGUUUGAGGAAAUGCAAGAAAAGUUUGGGGAGGAAUUCUUCAAUAUCUGCUUUGAUGAGAAUGAGAGAGUUCUUCGAGCUGUAGGUGGGACCCUUCAAGACUUCUUCAAUGGCUUUGAUGCUUUGCUGGAGCACAUUAGAACUUCCUUUGGAAGACAGGCCACCCUGGAAUCCCCUUCUUUCCUAUGCAAAGAGCUCCCUGAAGGCAAUCUCAUGCUUCGUUACUUUCAUCCACAUCAGAUUGUGGGAUUUGCAAUGAUGGGAAUGAUAAAGGCAGCAGCAAAGAAGAUUUACCGCUUGGAGGUGGAAGUAGAACAGGUGACUAAUGAUAAGUUGUGUUCAGAGGGGACGAACACAGGUAACUGCAGCUGUCUGACUUUCCUUAUCAAAGAACAUGAAAAUGCAAAUAUCACAAAAGCACUUCCACCGGGAACUUCUCAGUCCCCCUUAGACCUGAGGAUUAGCAUCAGCACCUUCUGCAGAGCUUUCCCGUUUCAUCUGAUGUUUGAUCCAAACAUGCUGAUUCUCCAGCUUGGAGAAGGUCUUAGGAAGCAGCUCAGAUGUGACAGUCAUAAAACUCUGAAAUUCCAAGACUGCUUUGACAUAGUUUCUCCUAAAAUCAGUGCCACAUUUGAACGAGUUCUCCUGAGAUUAUCUACUCCCUUUGUCAUUCGGACCAAACGUGAGGAUUCUGACUCUGAAAAUAAAGAUAAGGUGAUGGAAGUUAAAGGACAAAUGAUUCAUGUGCCAGAAUCAAAUUCGAUUUUGUUUCUGGGUUCCCCUUGUGUGGACAAACUGGAUGAACUGAUGGGCCGAGGACUCCAUCUUUCGGACAUACCUAUCCAUGAUGCUACUCGCGAUGUCAUAUUGGUUGGGGAACAAGCAAAGGCCCAGGAUGGCUUGAAAAAACGAAUGGAUAAGCUGAAGGCAACGCUAGAAUGCACACACCAAGCCCUGGAAGAGGAGAAAAAGAAAACAGUAGAUCUCCUUAUUUCUAUUUUCCCUGAAGAAGUGGCUCAGCAGUUGUGGCAGGGGCAGCAGGUUCAGGCCAGGAAAUUUGAUGAUGUCACCAUGCUCUUCUCGGACAUCGUUGGCUUCACUGCCAUCUGUGCACAGUGCACACCCAUGCAGGUCAUCAGCAUGCUGAACGAACUCUACACACGGUUUGACCAUCAGUGUGGAUUCCUGGACAUCUACAAGGUGGAAACAAUAGGUGAUGCGUACUGCGUUGCAGCAGGGCUCCAUAAGAAAAGCCUUAGUCAUGCUAAAGCCAUUGCCCUGAUGGCACUGAAGAUGAUGGAGCUUUCAGAAGAGGUUCUCACUCCAGAUGGGAGCCCUAUUAAGAUGAGGAUAGGCAUUCACUCAGGAUCAGUGCUGGCCGGCGUCGUUGGUGUAAGAAUGCCACGUUAUUGCCUCUUUGGGAACAAUGUCACCCUUGCAAGCAAAUUCGAGUCAGGAAGUCACCCUCGCCGCAUCAAUGUCAGUCCAACCACAUACCAGCUUUUGAAAAAGGAAGAAAAUUUUAUUUUUAUCCCUCGUUCUCGUGAAGAGCUUCCAGAAAACUUUCCAAAGGAAAUUCCUGGGAUCUGUUACUUCCUCGAGGUCAAAAGUGGUCAGAAGGCGCCAAAACCCUCCAUCACAUCUGCCAGAGUGAGAAAGGUUUCUUACAACAUUGGCACCAUGUUCCUCCGGGAGACUAGCCUAUGAGGCCUGCUGCAGAUCAAAGACUCGUCCAAAAAGCACAAGCCCAGAACUGGGUCAUGACAAGGGAGUUGGAGGUUCUUUCUAUUUCACUGCCUUGUUCUGAACAAGCAGUAAAAGCUCCAUGUAAUAUCAGGCAAUAAUAAUUUUAAAAGGUGGGUGACUGCUGUCAGUAAACAAAGCAGAGAUAGCGAAAAAGAAUUAAACGUACUUCCACUUCCAGAGGAAUUUCUUUCAUAAACUUCAGUCUGGCCCCUCUAUGACAAACAAACAAAAAAAACCCAAAACAAAACAAAAGAAAACCCCAACUCUCAAAUUAGAGGUUGGUUUUGUUUUGCGCAGAAAGGAUGAUGGUUCUCUGUAGAUUUGCACCAGCUAAGCAGAAUUGAGAGUCAGUUCUGAUUAUGCAUUCCUACAUUUAAUGUGUUCUUCAGUAAGGUAAUGAUGUUUUUUAACUUUAUGAGCAAACAUUUCAUACAUAUACUGUAGACCUGUUGUAACCUUCCUGGCAGGAGGAAUUAUAAUUCAACACAAAUAUUGUAGGAAUUUUACCUAUUUUUAUACAUAUUUCACUUUCUGGAUAAUAACAUUCCACAUACUGUAAGCUGAGCGGGCUUAGAUAGCUUUUCAGAAGAAGCUACUGUAUAUUUCAUACAUUCUACCUAUCAAACCUUAUUGUUAUACAAGUGGGAAGAAGUCAUUUUUUGACUUUUUUGGCAACAAAAAUAUCAAUAUUCUACAGAAAAAAAGCACUUUGAUAAAUCUCUUUACCUGAUGUUUAUGCUAAAGCUUUAGAUGAGCAUUGUCUUUCAGUAUUUGUCCUACAGUGCUGUGUUUCCAGUCCUUCCAGGACAAUGCAAAGUGUAGAUCAAUGUGUUGACAAACAGAAAAGUUCUGUUCAGUGGAGCUUGUUUCCCACUAAAUUAUCAGCCAAACUGAUUUUUGGUAGGAGUCCUGGACUUUUUUACAAAAAAAAAGAUCUUGUGAAAACUUAUUCUGAGGAAUUCCAGCAGACGCUGGAAGCUCUCUGGAUACUGGUUUUCUAGAUUUUUUUAAUAGAACUUCUGCUCCUACACCAGUUUGAUUGUUGGAAAUCCUAUCUGUUAUUAAUGAUGCUCAUCUGAAAAUUUCCUCUACUGCUGGAUUAGAAGGUCCCGUGCUUUAUCUAAUGUACUGAAAACACUGAAAAGGGGAAGGCAAUACUUUCCCAGGUUUAAUGCAAAUGGCAGUUCAAGAUUUAGAUGAGUCCAUGUAAUUUUUUUUAAAAAAAGGCCAAUUCUUUGCUGUUGAAAAUUAGUCUAGCUUUAUUGUCUUCAACGAAUCCAAUUGAAACAAGAUCUGUAUCUUUCCCCUAAUAGGCAUGUUUGCAGGCAUUGUUUAUUUCUCAGGUUUUCCUUUUCAAAAAUAAUGUCAGUCAGUUUUCCUCUGCAGGUGUACUGUCUUUACAGUUGUACCGAAGUGGGCUGAUGUCGUUCUGCUCUUGCAGAUUGUUAGUUAUCACUUGUGCGGUGAUUAUGAAGUGGCUUAGCUUUACGUGGGCCUGAUCAAAGCUCACUGAAAUCCGUGGUAAGAGUCUUAACAGCGAUAGGAAGCAUGAGAAGCUCUGAAUUCCUAUAAUCCAGACCAGAAAUUAGAGUAUACUUAUCUAUUUAGUAGUCAUAACUUGAGGCACUUUUUGAAAACAAGUAAAUAACUUCCACCACAUGUCAAAAUUAUCCAGUUAGAUCUUUCUGUGGAGGGAAUGAUAGUUCUGUAUUUCUCCCCUUUGACCAGUAGCCCAUGUUAGAGUGGGAACAAGUCAGCGUGGCACCACUAGCCUGUACUGAACAUGUUUCAGGCUUCCUUUCCAUGAAGCCUUUCUGGAUGAGAAAGGACUAUCUUGAAUCUAUACAGACUUCAGCAUGUAGAGGACAUCUGAAUUUAUUAUGCAGGUGUGUUGUUUUUCUUGCCUGAAGAGAGUAGAGGUAUGGGAAUUAGACCAGAAACUUACUUAAAUGGAAAUUCCCUCACUUUCUAGAGGAACACUGAGGUUAAAGAUUUCUUCCAUUAGUAUUAGAGCAUCCUUGGGAUUGGAGGUGUUAAUCUUUUAUCUUCCUUGAUAAAAAGCAUCUGCAGCUCUACUAUUUGAAAAAUGACUUAACAAAAACUGCUUGAGCUUGAGGUUGCAGAAUUUCCAUCCAAACUACAGAUCUGAGAAUUUGCCAAGUUUUAGCCUAUAGCCAUUAGUUUGCACAUACACAGGAUGUAGCAUGCAUCCUUUUCCUGGAACACCAGGGAGACAUGCAAGAAUCAUAAACGGAGCAAAGUUCACAUUUCACCACUGGAAGAGGAACACCACUUCCUAGAUAAUAAAGCUGUGGUUUUGAUGUCAUUACCUAGUGCCCUAGAAUGAAUAUUUUUCAAAUAGCUAUCAAUAGAUUGAAAUUUUGUUCUGACUUCACUGACACAUCCUCAUUGUUCAGUAGGUGCUGAUGUCAGAGUACCAAUCUCUCUGGCCAAACUCUUUUUCUCUUCUCACCAGCCGUAGUCUUGUGUGAGGAGAACAAACAGAGGUACAGACCAAAAGCUUGUAGCUCAAUAGCUUCUCUCUCACAUUUGCCAAUAGGAAAUGUCUAGGUUAAUUCUGUGGCUAAUCUUGGUAGAUCUAUGGAAACAUUUUCAUGAAAAAUGACAGAUAAAUGCUAAUUCUACUGGCAAAUUGGAGAAGAAAUCUAAAAAAAAUCCUAUCAAUCACCAUCCUCAUCCUCUCAAGAGACUGUUUAUUCUAUAAGGAAAUUUAUAAUCACAGAGAUCAGUGCAUAAACUGAAAAUUGGUGUCGGCAUCACCAUGGAGACAAUGACUGUGUUUGCAAAUAAGUCAUCUAUCUCCCCAAAUUAGAGUAGAUUUACUGUAUAAGAAUAUACAGUGUCUGUUUUUUAUAAGCUUGUGUAAAGGUAACAUGUCCAGAACUUCAGCACUGAUGCUAAGUAUUGUGUUACUUGUUUCUGUGUUAUAACAAGGCAAGUUAAUAAAAAAGUGUGGGCUUUAUAGGGACAUUUUUCUAUCUCAGUGUGAGAAAAGUGUAAAACAAAUCCUUAGCACUGUUUAACUUAGCAGUUGCAUCUGCUGCCUUUAAUAUUAAAGUCGUGAGUUUAUUUUCUUCGACACCUUUAUGAAGUGAAAUUAAAUUUAUUAUAAAGGUUGAUGCUGUGAAGUCCAUUAGAUGGUAGUCAGACUCAACAUUUCUUCGACAACACUUAGGUUUAGAGAUAGGGAAAACUUUCUCAUUUGCCUGGCAUUGCUUUUAGAAAUAAAAAGGUUCUCAGAGUUUUUACACCUUGGCAUGAUGAAGUGGAGAGGUUAGAGUAUGCAGAAAUCACAGAGUUGGAAUUUUCUUCUAAUAUUUUCUUCCUGUAAAACAGAUGAUCUUUUGUUCCUCUGAUUAAGGAUUUACAUGCCUAUGUUUCUUCCCUUAGCUGCAAAUUGCAACAUUUGCUGUCUUGAGUUUCUGUAUGAAACAAAUCCACCCCCUCUGAAGACGGAGGGAGGAGACUGACUGAAUAUUACCUGUUCAGGGAAAAGGAAGGAUGAUGUAAGGAUCCUAUCUGGGGUCAUUGGUCUCUGCCGCAAACUUGUUCUAUGCAGCUUCCCUCUGCUCCAGGUUCAGAGACCAGACACCGCGGAAUGAUGACAGAGGGAAACCCAGUGGCCAACUUCUUGUACAAAACUCAUGAGGCCUAAAUAAACAGAGGCAACAGUCAGUCCCCCAGAGCACUUUUUACAGAUCUUCUGUCAGAUUUUUCCAUCUGCUUGAAGCUCCCCAUCACACAGGCUCUUCUGUGAUCUGGUGCAUAGAGAUCAGGAACUCAAAGCAAGAAGGAAAUAGUGAUGGAAGUGGUAGAAUGGUGGAUAAAUUUUGUUCUACAUCACUCUGGUAAUAUCUGUCAUUCAAAGACAAAAGCCUCUGCAUGGGAGAAUUGCUGCUAAACCAGGACUCUCAAAGUGUGGUUUUCUUGCAGGAUCCCACAGGAUAUUUCUUUUUUAAUUCCAAAGAGCCAAUAGUCAUUAACUGUGGUUGUGGUUUUGGCUUCACUUCACAUUCCCACAGCUAGUUUCAGAUCUGAGUCUGUUUGGAAAUGCAUUUUGGAGCCUGGAAACAUGCCUCUGCAAACAGAAAUCCAAAGCCGUUAAAACCUUGGAAAUCUUGUAUGGGAAUUUCCUAUUCUGAAGAAGAAAUCCUUGUAGUUGACUCAUUAGCAGGUCCUGCUGCAGUUCAUGUGUGUCCCUAUGCCAUUUCACAUUGCUGUCUCCUCCUUACACCCAACAGUGAUGUCAGGUGUAUAAACACCUUUUCUUUGUUUUCUGUUAACGUCCCUCUUUCAUUUUUUUCUGUAUAAAUCAAGCAGUGACGAACCAUGACAUGUUGCAUGCAUUUAAAACUAUCAUAGCACUGCACUGAGGCUUGAACUCUGCUAACUGGUUUCACAUUGUAUAUUUCUGCCUCUGAAUAGAUCUUUCUCCCGGACAAUUUAAAAAUGAAGGGAAAAAAAACCAAACCAAACACACAAAACUGCUGUGUUGAAUGGCAAAUGAGUAUGAAACCAGUUGUGGGGCAAGUUUAGCUGCUGGACAGCUUUCAGAUUCUUCAGCUGCCACAAGCUGUUACACGCUUCAUGCAAACUGUCCAGCCAAGAAGUCUGUAAUCCAACAGCAGCAUUGCAAAUCUGUGGCAUUUUCUGGGUUUUCCUCUUGCAGUCUCAGGCCACCACCUCACCUCUGCUGAGCACUCAGAGCUCGCUGAGGAGAGCCAACUCCCCGUCCUGAUGCAGUCUCAGAGAUUCUGGCUUCAUUUUUUGGGUUCUGUCUGAUCUUUUGCAAAAUUAUACAAGUGUAAUAUUGGAAAUAGCAACAUGCUGAAAUUAGCAACGAAACAAGAAGCAUAAAAAAGCUUGUCAAACUCAGAAACGGUUGAUUCCCUUCCUUUAAGGUAAUACAUUAUUCAUUGCAUUUUACUGGGAUUGAGGAUGCCAGUGACAGCAGAGGCUGUAGAUGAACUGAAGAUGCUGAGUGUGCAGGAGACUCAAGAGGCAGGAGCUGAUCACUCGCUGCUACUGUUCAUAGUUCCAUCACCUUGCAUGCUAUCUCCUGCUCUAGGUCAUGCUUCUGCUCUUCAAAAGUCCUCUGCUUUCCUUCCUUUAGCACACUGUAUGUGACAUAGAUAGUGAGUAAUUCCUCUUACUGUUCUUAUUUGCAUCUGUUGUUGACAUGGCUGCUUGUAUCUAAAGAAUAACUGGGAUUAAAGGGCUGAUCUUACUCUUCUUUGCAGCAAACACAAAACCGCUACAGUGACACAGCAGGCACUCACAUCCUUAGAGAGGGAGAAGACUGCAGUCAAGUUGUCACUGGUGGAUUUGGGUGGAGACGUCAGUACGUUGGGAGUCCAUGGCAUGUUAUAGCAGCCUUCCAGUACCUGAAGGGGCCUACAAGAAAGCUGGGGAGGGGCUGUUUGCAAGGGCAUGUAGCGAUAGGACGAGGGGGAAUGGCUUUAAACUAGAGCAGGGUAGGUUUAGAUUAGACAUUAGGAAGAAGUUCUUUACAAUGAGGGUGGUGAGACACUGGCCCAGGUUGCCCAGAGAGGUGGUGGAGGCCCCAUCCCUGGAGACGUUCAAGGCCAGGCUUGAUGAGGCUCUGAGCAACCUGAUCUAGUUGAAGAUGUCCCUGCUUACUGCAGGGGGGUUGGACUAGAUGACCUUUAAAGGUCCCUUCCAACCCAACACAUUCUAUGAUUCUAUGUUUUUAGUUUUCCCAAGCACCAAAUUUAUCCAUGCAGCUAGGAGUUUCUCCUUAACAAUGUUAUUAAUUUGCAAUGCAUGAGCAGCCUUACAACAAAACUCUGUAAACUGUUUAACCUCAUAUACAUGAUUGAUCUUUUGUGGCUUGGUUAUUAAUCAUGCAUGAAAGCAAGCAAAACAGUGAAACUGGGGAAUGUAACAAUUCAGCCAUAGGUAACAGAUCAUUCACCUCUGCAGAUGCUUACUUGUUCCUGUGGCUUAGAAAGGCUGACCUCCAGUUGUCUGUGGUCCAGGUUAGUAUCACUGUGUCACUAUAGCAACAAAAUGGCCUCUGAAAUGCAGCAUGAGGCAUCUCAGUCUGCUUCCCUCUGGGCUGGGGUUCACAUUAGAGGGGCCAAUGUAGUAAGUGAUGCAAAGUAGCAACUUCGCUGGCAGCCUUAACAAAAGGAUCAAUGGAGGCAGAUGUUAAAGCAGCUGUUUGCUCCUGGGAUUGUAGUUUCCAAAGGCAGAGUGAGGCUGAACAUGUUUUAUUUUGGACAAAAAGAGAAGACACAGGAUUUCAGAGAAACAAGUGUCUUCCCUGCUUUGUGGCUAGCAGGGAGGCAGCAGAGUGCAAGGGCAUCAAGAGGGACACGCUGGCUGCCUCGGCUGCAGGAUGCUUGCUUCUGCCUUCAGCUCUCUGGACCACUCGGGCUAUAGCAUUCCAAGAAUCAAGUGUCCUCUGCAGACUGGGGAACAGGUAAGUGCUUCAGGCACUUGUCCCCUCUGUUCUAGACAGUGUAAGGCUGCCUAAAUCUCUGAGUGUGCUUAACUUUCUCAGUGACCACAGAUGACGAACUUACUUAGACUAGACAUCUAUUCUUUAAGAUGGCCAAGAUAAGUGAGAUUGAUCCCACUGAAUUAAAGUCUUUCUAGCCCAAGUGCUGCAUCUCAAACCUUUUAGUCUAUGCUGCUUUUCCCAGUUUUGCAUUGUCCAAAAUAAAUUGAAUCUAACUAAGUGGCAGAGGGAUAGAUAAGCAUAUUCCAGGAUAAAUAAAGGUUUGAUACGGUAGCCAUGGUGACUGUCAAGCACAGGGGCUACUGCAGUUCUGGAAAUCUCUUCCUUCUGAUGUCUGAACCCUUUACAUAUGAUAUCAGCACUGCCAGUCACAACUUCUGGAUGCCAUUAGGACUGUGAUUUAGAAAAGCUUUUGAGCUCCUAGCCCAAUUAUGCAAAACCUCUGUGCCACCUUCAUCUGAACUGUAUGCCAGAAUGCCUACAUUAACCAUGUAAGUUAUCCUGUAGUUAAGAUGGUAUUAAAAUAUGUAAGUUCUAAAGGGCAGAGACAUAGUUGCCAGGUUAUCAUUAACACACAUUUUUUGUGCUUUUGUAAAUUUGUAGGCCCGAAAUUAACAUUACAUUAGCAGAAGGUGUUACAUUGAGCUACUUGGUUUUUAGAUAAUUAUUCCCUAGCAAUACUGUCUAAUGACCACUCCUGAAGCAAUAAGUAGAGCCAUGAUAAUCUAUUCUGUGUAGAUUCUUCUACAACACCUAUCACCUUAACAAACCACCUUUUAGCAGAACAUUAAAUGUCAGAAUAAUACCAUGUAUUGUUUGUCCUUCCAUCGUCUUCCCCAGGGGACAAGAGUAUGUAGUGGAAUCAUUUGAUUUUGUGACGUGUUGUCUUUUUGUUAGUUGUCUAAAAAUAUAUUUUGCUACUUAAAUAAGGAAGAGCAAAAUCAGAACUGUAGAUGAGGAUUAGAAAAGAGUUUUAGUUGUAAACAGAAUAUCGUAAAGACUGUCCACUGAGUAAGACUGGUCUCCCAUCCUAGAAACAACAGUACCAGUAAUAUAUGUAAAAUAUGUCCAGGAAUGAUAAAUGUGAGCAAUAAAACAGACAGGUAUAUAUAAUGGAUAACUUCUGCUUUAUAAACAACAGUAAACAGAGAGGAGGAAUACUGUUUAAUCCAUUUUGGCAUUUGUUUAUUACCAGUAUAACUCUAAGGUAUUAUUUUUCCUUCCCUAACGAGACUGGAACAUACUGUUAAAUCAAUAUCAGAGUUUCUGAGAUUAUUGCAGAAGAACAUGAUUAGGAAUAAAUAAUUAUCAAGGAGAGUUUUUUUUUAAAGUGAGUCAUUGCUUGAGAGAACAGAUCAUAUGGAAAAAAUAAGAAAGGCGUGUACACAUGUAUAUAUUUUAGAAGUUUCUGUGGCAUUUCUGAUUGGUUAAAAUCAUUUUGAAACUGUACACUUAAACCACAGCUGCUUAGUUAAGGUUAUUUGCAUUUGCUAAGAAGGAGGAGGUAAAAUUUUUAAAGUCACAUAAGGGACAUAGUUCUCAAUCCCAUUUCUCUCUGCUUAAACACCACCUCUUUCUGUGAAGGUUGAACCUAACUUUGCUGAAUGAUCCUGAAGUUCUGAAUACCUAAAUGUGUUUUGGAAAUGUGAAUUAUAAAUCCGUAUCAUUUAUGUUCCUUUGAAAUGAUGUAUGAAAGUAAAUUCUAACCAGCAGCAAAGGUGCAUUUUCCUAGCGCUAACCUGUGCUGUAUGAUGAAAUGUGGAAUUGUUUCUAAUUUAUGCAGUUUUUUACACCUUUUUUUCGAGGUGAUGCUCCCAGAUGUGUUGCUGUGAGUGUAUGAAUGCUCUGAUCCUCAAAGGGAAUAAGGCUCAUUACCCACCUUUAUAAAGUUCUGAGGGAUCCUAAGGGAGAAAGCACUGCCCAGCCAAAUCCCUCCAAUUUAGCUCAUCUACUAAGGGAGUGUCAAGCUGAGCCUAAGAUUUACUUUCUCAUUACAUCUCUACGUCAAGUUGCCAGUGUUUAAAUGUGUAAGCAUUACUAUCCGGAAGCUUCUCACAGGCCCUGCAAGUGUAAACAUAAGAAGCCAACAGAGAGAAAGCAUCUGAAGGAAGUGAGGUACGUGUGUAGGAGAGAGCUGCUGUACAUAGACAUGCUGCUGAUUCUCAGCUUUCAUGUAUUUGGAAGUCGGAUGACCCAGAGGGUAUUCUGGGUAUAAUGCUAAAUGCAAGAAAGUGCUGUACAUAAUGUCAUGAACUCUCAAGGCAUUAGGAUGAGUUUUAUAGUCCAUAAUCUUUAGAGUUUAGUGGAAUUGCAUGAGAAAUAGACUAUUUUCAGAGGAGUGAAAGUUGCUUUGCACUUUAAAUAAGAGUUGAAUCUCUAGUUGCAGACAAAAAUUUUGGGGGAAAAAGAAAGUCUAAAAAUUCUAAUUGCAAAAUGCAAAGAAAAAUGUCCCACUUUUUUGUAUCAUUUGACUUUUCUGGAGGUAGGACUCAGAAUUCCUCUAGAAGUUUUGAUACUGAAUGCAAAACUAGAUGUGAAACAUUACAGUUGUUUGUAGUUAAUUUCAAAGAGAGCAGUAUUUCACCAAGAACCUUCUGCAAAAAUGCCAAGCAGUUCACGUUAGGUAAGGCCUAGAUUUAACUCGGUUUAGAGUGUAUUAAGAGAUACACUGCAUCCCAAAGCAAGGCUUUAUAUGCGCUUCCUAACAUGUGCCAGCAUUGUGCCUUUUACUGAAGUCUAAAUAAAGCCCAGUCUAGACAGAAUUGCCAUCCCAAAACAUGGCAUUUAUGUUGCCUCAUUAGAAUAUUAGCACUUCACUAAGUUCCAGCCAUUAAUGUCUUUGAUGCUGGAAUAUUGCUUAUUAUUCUUAUGUCUUGCUCUGCCCAAGUUGCACUGGGGCCCAUUAUGCUCUAGAGCACCAAGGGUUUGGGGAACAGCUGCAAGAUUGAGUAAAACUCAGCUGACCUAAAUUUAGGUAUUUAAAAAUGAUGUCUGGUCUGAGCUAGUCAGGUUGUCUCCCUCUACAGUCAGUGCAGACAUCCUGGCAUCUCAAAGUACGAUCGUUCCUGGGGAAAGUGUUAUGGAUGAGGUAGAACACUGCCUUAGGUGUGUUCUCUCUCUCCCCAGUGACUGCAGUGUGGAGGUGGAAGCCUAGUUCAGAUUUGCUGCCAUACUGUAGGUGAGAUGAAUUCCACUGCUGACAAGAAUGAGAGGAUGUAAUAGGGUAGAACAGCAAAUAUACAUGGAAAGAAACACAUCCGGAGCAAGAGCAAGGGGUCCAACCAGAGAUUCAAAGGGUUGUGAUGGUAAAAUUAUUAAUAUUUAAGAUUUGAGAGGUCUAGCUAGGAAGUUUAUUCUAAUUAAAAGAACAUUUAUUUCAACUAAAAGCUAACAAUCUGUGAUUGUUUCCAACUCUCCACUUCUGAUCUAAGAUAAUACUGGGGUCCCACUCCUAUAGGCUCCACCAAGAGCUGUCUCUCCAUACACUGCUUGAUUCCUUCUUAGAAUAGAGGCAGUUAGCAAGCUAUUUGAGUCCAUCCCUCCCAGGAAUGGAUAUAUGAGUUUCUUAAUAUUGAAAUGAUUUUUUUACCUCACCUCUUUCUUUCUUCUGAGACAUUAUAUAGGUUGGUCUCUGCAAUCACUUGGGAAAGAACAGGGGAGCAGAGGAGGACAUGCUAGCUGAAUAGUCUCUCACUGCGAUCAUAGUUACUAAAGCUUCUGUCUGACCUGUCCUAAAUUGUACUUGUGUUGAUACUCACUUGAAGUCCCCAGAUUCUUCGAGAGGAUCUUGGGUCAGGCUCUGAACCAGAGGCGAGUGGGAAGGACCAGGGCUGCCACUCUGCUCUACUGCUCCUGUACUUCUCUAUUCUGUUUGCAAUUGCCAUUCUGAUCCUUAGACAUGUGUGGUGAUUUUCACCGCAGUCCUGGUUAGGGAAGCCAUGGGAAAGUUCCCGGGAAGAAGCAAUAGUAUGCGGUCCUCCACACUGUGAACUGUCGCUCUCUCCAGACAAAAGGAAUUAGAAAUAGUAUUGUCCUCAAGAGCUGAGAAAACUUGCAGAUUUUCCAUGUACAGUAAACAGUUUCUAUAAUUACCAGGAAAACAAAACAGAGAGGCAAAGUUGUGCAGCAGGGGCAUCCCGUCUCGUACAUACUGCUGUGAUAAUGAAAUCCAAACCCUGCAGAAUUGGAGGCACAUUAUUCUCACUUACUUUAAAGGUCAGCUAAGAAGAUAAUUUCUCGAAUGGGCUCAUAGCUCUGAGACAACGUAACACUAGUUGUUUCUUCCAACAAAUUGCAGUUGUCAGAGAAACUGGAUUAGUAGCUCAUAGAGCUAAAAAUAGACAUUAUGUGCUUGCCAGAGAAGGAUGAAUUCAGUAACAGAGGUGAAGGUAAAUCAAAAUAUCGUACCAUCUGGACAAAAAGCAGCAAAAAAAUACUCAACUCAAAGCAAGUUACCCAUAAAAUUACAUUAAAAAUAAGUGGAAUCACCAGCUGGAAGAAUGACAGAGUUUAGUCUUCUGUUUUAUUCACCUUCCAGUUCCACCUUGUGGUUGCUGCUUUAUCAGCUGAAUCAUUUUGACCACAGUCUUUUCAAAGUCAUGUACCUUAAGUUAGGAAGUGAAAGUCAUUAUGUUAAAGCCAUUAGUUGAAUACUAAAAAAGAAGAUACUUUGGCUUAACAUUUUUAUCUUCUUUGGGGAGGGGAGGAUAAUUUAUUGCUUAACUUAUUCAACUGAAAAAUAAAAAGUAAACUCUAAAAGCCCAAAACUAGUAAGACAGCUACAGUGAAAGCAACUUUACAAACCUCAGCGUUUUUUUACUAUGAAGUGGAUAAUUAUUUUUCAUCACAUCAAACAUUUGCAUUUUACAUAAGUCUCUGUUAUGCUGCGAUUUUGCAAAUUACUAUUACUACUUGCUUGGACUUAAAAAAGAAAAAAAGAAACAUUUCUUUAUUCUUCAUUCUUCUUUAGUUAUUUAUUUUCUAUAGCAGAGCAAUUCCACCAUACUGCAUAUGAACGUAAAGGAGCAGUGAUCCACUGCAGAUAGGAACACUCAGCUUGCCUGGUCAAGGUGAAGAGUUCUGCAAGGUGCAGGUUGGGUCUCAACUGAAGACAGGGCUGGCAGUAGUUGCGUGCAGUUUGUACUAUGACGUAAGUUAUUCUUUUUACUUUUAUAUUCAGAACUACGUAUAGUUCAGGAGUAAUCUUCACUACUUCCUUUAGAAAUUCUUUCUGUGGUGUGUCUUUUCUGCGCACCUUUUUUAAAAUCUCUGCAUUUCAGAUCUGAGGCAUUGACAAGUGUAGGGUACAAAUAAUAACUUAUGUCAGAAAAUCAAAUCACUGUGAAAAAUAUUUGUAAAGUAUUUAUGCUCAGUGUCUUUUAGAUAUAUCUUAUAAGCUAGAGCUGUUUUUACAAAUUCUUUCUUGCAGAAGCCUUUGGUCAUCAUUCUGAGAGGUCAAGAGUAAUCUUGAUUUUGGGAUUUAAUUAGCAUCAAUACCAUUUGUCUGGCAUUCACUGUGCACCAUUAAGACUGCAGUGUUAAGGUUCAGUUGUGAAAUAGAAAUGUCAGGACAGGCAGCACCAGCAGUUAUCUGCAUUGCGCAUCCUACACAUUACGCACACAUUUCAUGGCAUACUUUGUAUUUUAUAGAACAUAUGACUCGUUAAAUACGUAGAAAAAUAGUUAGCAAUAAAAAAUAAAAAAUAUGUGGACACUGCCGUGUCUGAUCGCUAUCUUGAGAUAUUAUGGAUCUAUUAUCAUCUAUUCUUGGGAUUGCUUAGAACCAAAUCAUGCAUCCUUGGCAACCAUCCUUGUUUCAGUGAGAGGCAUAGUCAUCAUCAUCCCUUUAGUUGACAAAUUUCUGUUACAGUAAAGCCCAGAGAUUAAUAACACUAGAAUUUUUUGUCCGAGUAGUCUAAGAGAACUAAUACUGUGUUUUUGUGAAAGUGGUGGGGUCCACUGCUAGGAUUGACUUUAUGUCCCUUCUUGAUUUGAUUUUAACCUUUCCCGGUUUACUAAAAUUCUGCAGUUCCUCGUUGCAGGAUUCCACAGUGUUUUGGAGAGGCUGUGUGUAGUCUGGUUGUGCAAUCCACUGAUGCAACACACAAAUGUUAAGCUGUUUUAGCACACCAUCCUGGAGAGUCCAACGAGUGUUUCACAGCCACAAAUAAUCCUUGUAUUCUCUUUUCCGUUUUGCUCUGCCCCUAUUUCCAACUUUAGAGAAUUAACUGAAUGCUACUAAAAAUCUUCUGGCUAUUUAUAUUUGUGUCAGUGGGAUAAUUUCAUGAUUAGGAGGAACUUUUGUGAAACAAGCCAGUGUUAUUGGCAUGAACUUCGCAGCCCGAGCCCAUCAAGUCAUAGUUCAAUCUCUUCCCAAAGCCUUUGAGAACAAAUUGAACUUUGUAUGCAAUAUCUCGCCUAGAAGAACUGAUAACAAUUUUCCAGUUGUCUGUCACUGUGAUCCUGACUCUCCCAUCUAAUGGAAAACCCAUGAAAUUCAUGAAACCACAAAUGGAAAAUCUCGUACUUCUGGUACUUGUUCAAAGCUUUCUUCCAGGAGCCUGCUGCAAUUCUGAAAUUGGUGAUUUAACUGGCAGUUCAUUCAGGCUCAUCUUUGUUUCCUCUGCAGGUAGCUCUAGAGGAUGAUUAAUCAUUGAUGUUUUAGAGUUGUAUCUUUCAACUUUUCCCUUUGAUGUCAGUGUUGCCAAAGUGAAAUCUGAGGGCUAAUUCUUGUCUAAGAUGGUCACAAACAGCUCCGAUAACAGGGUCAGAAGUGAAGGUAAAUUGUAGGUAUGAGUAAAAAUUUGGAUUAUUGUAGGAAGGUGGUUCAGAUGAAGAACUGAGUUCAUGAUGCUCAGUUUUAGGAGUGGGAAUUUUUAGUGAGUUAUAAGCCACGUAUUGGUGGUCUGUCAUUUACUGAGAGCAGAACAAAGGGAAGGAGCAGUUCAGUGCAGGGCAGUUUUAAUCUCAGCUUUAUGAAUGCUGAGAGUUGAUUCCUGGCUUGUUUCAAACUUCUCUGUUUUGCAAGCUGGAUAAAAAUGAUUGAUACCCCUACAAUGUGACGAUUGACCACCUCAAAGUGCACUCCUGUGGAAAUGGAUCAGUCUCCCCUGGGUGCAAGUGCUUUUUGUGUAAUUCUGUAAUAGUUUUUUAGUGUGUCAUAUAAAGCUUCUCUGAAGAGACUUGAACUUCAAUUGUACAAGCGUUCUGCACUAGGUAACAAGAUUACAACCUUGCACUAUCAACAAAGGAUGCUUAGCAUUAAAAUAAGAUUAGAUGUCAUUGAAUAAUACUAGAGCUCUAACAGUGUUUAGAGCACUGUGAUGUUUGUGAACUGAAGUAGUUUGUGUAAAAUUUCUUACAGAUAUGAGGAUAAUCUAAUUAAUGACAGUAUUUCCAUUUUAGUAAUAUGCAGAGGAGGUAAGGUGGUAUCUCUCAAUAUUUCUGUCAACUUAAUGGUUGAGAGAUUACUUUUAGUGCUAUGUCAAUCUGAACAUUAUUUUAAAACAUCAGCCUGCAGUCUGCUGGGAAGGGAUGUGGCAGGGAGUUUUACUGUGAGCUAGCAUGGGUGGAAAAGCUCAGGAAAGCAUAUAAGCCAAGAUCUCCCCACACUGAAACCAAGGGAUUAAUUGCAAAAUCAAAUCUGGUUACUUGUCAUAGCUGUUCAGCAAAGGAAUCCACCUAACAACAAAAGCAGAGUCCACACAAACUAUCACAUGCCGCGUUUCAGUUCCUUUAUUGGGAUUCAUUGGGUAGUCUUAGUGGUCUGGAAGUUACAGUAAGUACCUCUGGUUGAAAGUUACUAUUUCAGUUAUGAUUGCUUCCCCAAACCAACUGAAUUUAUUACUAACCAAAGACUUAUUUACUUGAAAACAAAACAAUAAAGUUUGGUUCUGUCAUUUAUGCCUUUGACUGCGAGCAGUUGAAGUGCAUAACGUCUGUACAAACCAGGCCUGUGUUGUGUCAUUGAGCAAGUUAUUCAAGGCUACAGCACCAGUAUAACACAGCAGAAUUCAGUAUUAAUCCCUCUAUGGGAACAUGAGUCUAUGUAAUAAAUUGAUGUGCCAUAUGUGUAGGCCAUGGGAAAAUUGUGUGUGCAGUGAAUUAAAAGCUUUAACAUUUGUACUGCUCAUCCUAUAGCAGAAUGUAUAUCUUGAUAGCUGUGACCCUAUGAGCUUCUGAAAAAAAAAAAAAAAGUAAUCUAAAGUUUAUUCUUCUUGUUGUAAAAUCACUGUUUUUUGAGUUACUGUUUACACAGGCCUCCAUGCAGCACGGGGUCCUUCUCCAUAUGUUGCUGGGAAAUGGAAAAGCAGACGCUAUCUGUAAGUCUUGCAGGCUGGAGAGAUCAGUGAAUGCCUUUCCUGAAUCUCCUCCUGAUAAGCAGUUUCUUUUUUUUCCGGCAAAUGCAAACAGUGCCAAUAGCCUGGGCCUUCUUUAGAAGAAGCAAUCGUUUGAUAGCCUUAUUCUGUUAAUCUUCUAUUGAUACUUCUUAAUUUUCUCUUUCUUCCUCCUUUUGAGUAGGUUUUCCUGAUACAAUUCUUGCAAAGUGUAACUGAGGGCAAGCAGUUUGUCUUUUUUACCCUUCCUUUUUCCAAAGCCACUGAAGGUCUCAAACAAGAAGAAAAAACUUUACAAAACUUACGCAGGCAUGCUAUUAACAGAUAGCAGAAGGAUAAAACAGCCUUCUAAGAGCACUCCAAAUUACCUUUUAAUAGCAUGCCUGCACUGCGUGGUGACUUCACACCUUGCUUUCGUAGUGUGACCUGCUAUAAUGGUGUUUGUUACUAUGAAGUCCCUUUAGUUUGUCCUAAAAAUUUUCUUGUUUGUCACCAUAUUAGAUACCUAAGGUACACUCUAUAAGAAAAGCAAUAUACAAUAUACUAUACAUCUUCUAUUUCAAUGCCUCUAGUUUUAGGCUAGUAUUCAUAUAAAUGUUUAUAAUCAAAAUACAGAUUUUAUUGUUCUUCACAGGACCAAGCAAAGUUUUGCCUUGUCUAAAUACUGACAGUUGUCUAAAUACUAACAGUAACAUUUCUAUUCAACAAAUGCUCUUUUCUCAUGCUUCUAGUUAACUUGUGGUGGGCUCCAUCCUACUCUGACUCCCCAUUAAUGCAGUUGAAAGGGAAAAGUAAUGAGCUAUUUUAGUGCAUGACCUUUGCGCAGUACCUGAUUCAUAAAGAUAAAUUGAUCCAAAAUCUCAUUUAUGAGUUAUUAGUGAUCAGCAAAACAACAAAAAUCCUUUGAAGUUCGGCUGAGUGAGUUCCGAAGAUCUUGCAUUGCUUACUCCAUUUCUCGGUUUCUUGAGUCAUUAUAAUAGACAUAUUUGAUGAAGCCUUUGCCACGGACACUGGCACCAGCCUUCAUAAAAGAUUGUUAUAACUUCUGCUUCCCAUUUUAUCUGGAAGUUUACUGUAAUGGACAAAAUAUCUGUAUUUAAGAAAAAAACAAACAAACAAACACAACAAAACCAAAACAACAUAAAUCGUACAGGUUUCCUUCAAGUCAGUGUCCACCUUCUUUGACCUAGUCCUCUGGUAGGAGCUCACGUUAAUUCAUUUUUGUUUUAUUAGUAACACAAUACCCAGAAAAAAAAAUGCUUCCUCAGAGAAACUACACUGAAGAACAUUUUGUUCUUAAUUGCGACCAGGAUACCUCUGUUACAUAUUUCAGAACUAAGUCACUGAAGAGGUGAUCAAAGUAGACAGAAUAUUAAGACAAAUCCAGAAAUUCUACGCACAAGACAUGCGUGUACUUAGUUUUAAAAAAAUGGUGCAAUAGGGAAGAUAGCAAGUUUUUUCCUCCCUCCCCCUCUCUUUAUACUUUGCUGAUACACCUAAGGGUUGCUGAUAAAAUAUUUGUUUCUUCGCCCGCAUGCUCUCAUUUGAAGUCAAUAGAUCUUCAAAUCAAAAAGAGUUACAUUGCCACAAAUGUAGCUCAGUCACUGGGUUAAACUGACAGAGCUUGGUUUUCUAAGCGCUGCAAUAACAUGAUAAGAGAAGUACCAGUUCAGUUGCACUGCCAGGUGCUCAAGAUACCAUCCAGACUGCAUUUAUUAUUACCCUCUCAUCUGUUAAAAUGGAAAAAAAAAUAGUUUAAGUCUGUGUCUUUGCAUUGUUUGAGUUCUCAUAUGUUGCGACUGCAUCUGGUAGUACGUUGCAAACUUGCCUUCCCAUGGUACUGCAUGAAAGAGUAGCUGCUUCAUCACUUUUCUGAUACCUUUUUGUGUCUGUUCAUCUGUCUGGAAUUUUUUGACAUCUCUUCAACAAUGUCAAUAGCUCUGAUUGGGCUGACCGAUGUCUGGAAAUCCUGGUAAAAAGGCCACACCAAACAUGUGCAGAACAAUUCUGUAUCUCAGGGGAGAAAGAGUUUUGUAUGGAUAUGUUGGAUUUACUGUGAGGGGCAGACCAGCUUUGCAAGUGCACUGGGCCCGUCUCACGCCGUAGAGUGGAUGUGUGUAGGCACAACACGUGUUGACACGUUGCUCAGCUAGCGCAGACACACGGUCCUGUGUUUCAGUCUGGCAAACACUAAGAUAAAACGUGGAAGUUGCAGCAUUUGGAAUUUCAGAUGGCAGGAGCACGUCAUUGGUACCACAUACUCUCUGUUGUUUCAUGAAAAAUGUCUGGAACAAUAAAGAAAGAGAAAGAAAAAAAAAGAAAGAUAGGUGAAGGGGAUUGUGAGCUAGAGCUCAUUUGUCAAAUUCAUGUUCUCUUAAACCUCGCCACAUGUGGAACUAAGGCCAUUCAAAUACAGUGGUCAGCAUUGAUCAUCCAUCUCACAGGAGUCGUAUCUGAGUUUCCAUAGGUAAAUUUUAUACUGAGUAGCUAUAAUACUGCCAUGGGGCGGGAGGUGACUGUCCUUUUUAAUAACCAUUGUUUAAAGAUUUGUUGCUGAAAUGGUCAAUACCCAAAUACCCUUUUGGGACUCAGCAAGUAGGGUUCACUUUCCGUCAAGGUUUUGUGUUAGGAACUACAAAUGUUAUUGUGAAUCAGGAUUGAUCUGUGGCGGUCCUAGGCCUUCACAAGUAAAGCAGAUCGUUACAGCACAGUCAAAACCUUGGUCAGUACUGCCAUGCCAGGAACACAGUGUUCUGAACAAUUACCGACUUCCUACCUCCUGAUAAUCCUUGCAAAGCAAAAACAUGUGACUCCUAGUAUGGCUAAUAGGAGUCUUUGGCCUAAAAGUCUGCAAAGAGCAUUGAAACUGUAUCCCACACUCCUUGCUGUACAAAACCAUCAGUGGUCCGAUUCUGCAAGUGUUAUAUUUGAUGGGUAAAGCUCAGUCCCUAAACAGAAUCAUAAUCCGGCACGUCGAUGUGUGACACAUUCCAUGUAGGAACAAGACGGCACUUUCCCCUGACCUGCGUUUGGAUUUAAAGCUUAGUUACACGGGCCAUCUAGGCUGCGGUCCUGCGUGUGCUCAAGUGAACAGGUAGCUUAAAGGACGCGGGGGCCUCCUGCAAAGUGUGCUCUGGCCAGGUCUUCUGCAAACAUUGUGAGCAAGGGUGGCGGGACUGUGGCCAUACCUCAUCAGGUGGUUGUAGAUGGGAGGCGCACACCCAGUAUCUAAUGCAGCAUUUCAGAUAUCUAAGGACUUAUUUUUCCAUACAUUCUACAUGCAUUCCUACAUAUUUUAUGAAUCAGGUCUGUGAUCAGUGUUUUGAACAACUUGUUUGCUGCGGUUUCAUGGGGUUACUAUCUUUUCGGUUUGCAAUGUAAAUAAUAUUGUACAUCUGCUAUUUUAUGAUACAAAUGCCAUGUGAAUUGCUUAUUUUUAAGACGUUAUAGCUCUGUUAUAGUUUAUUUACAAUGCCAUCUUACAGUAUUGGUUUAAUAUACAAUGUAUCUGUAUGGCAUGAAUUAAAUUGCUUAUAUUUUACAAUGUCAAAUAUUUUAUUUUUGUUUUCUAAAAUAACUACAUUUCAUCCUAUGCAGUUUCAUAAAUAUUUCUUAAGCGGCUCAUUAUGUCUGGAAAUAUUGCUUCCUCUCCAGUAGUGCAGGCAUAAGAACCAGUAUUCCUCAUCAAAGUCAUCAAAUAGAUCAUCUAGAAUUUCAGAUUAGAAAUAUAUGUACAAAUGUGUAAGCAUUUAUAGUUAAUCAGAACAUCUAUUAUAUCUUCCUUGCUUUUCAUGUAACGAUACAUUUUAAUCAUUUUGUAUACUUUUUAUUUGUAAUUAUUUGUGAGUCAUACACAGUGUAAAUAACAUGUUUCAUUAUGCAAGAUUUCUAGGUAUUCAAGAUUACAAAAAAGGUGAAUUUGUAUAUGAAAAGAAAUUGACAGUAGAUUGGAAUGACAUAAAAUAAAGUGGUGAUGACUAUGUUCUAUUUAUACUGUUCAUUUCCAAAUUGUCUGUUAAAGAAAAAACAUUUCAUUUGCCUUUUAAUGUCCAACCAGUUAUUUACAGUAUAUUUACAUCAAUAAAUCAUGCAAAAGUCUAUUAAAAGUCAUAAUCAAUCAUUGAAAUUUUCCUUUUUCUGUUGGCAGCUUACCUAUGGAGAGCAGAAUUAAUAUAUACUAAAACCCAGUUCAGUGGAAACAGUCCAAAAAAUCUAUGAAGAUAUUUGUGGAAAAGAACUUCUUUGCACUCCUAGCUCUCAAACCUCACCUUAGACAACAAAUCCAAAUGUAAUAUUAAAAAGAAAACUAAUAAAAUACAUUAUAACAGAAUGCUAGAUGCUUAAAUACACAUUGUGUGUAUCCCUUGAUAAGUAAGCACUGUUUUUUAUGAACAGUUCAUGAACCUUAUUCAUUUCAUGAACCUUACUAAAGCUUUUGUUCUUGACUGAACUUUUGGAGUUUUGAGGCAGAGAUGCUUAAGAAAUUUAACAGAUUGUUGCAAAGAAAAUGUCUGUUCUGGGUGAUACUAUAAUGGCCAGUUUCUUCCAGUGAUAGUUCAGUUUUCGGUCCUGUAAAACAACAGAGCAGAACCAGAUUUCAGUCGUGGAUAACAGAGAUAGAAAAUGGGUGACAUUACAAUGAAAUAUCGACACUAGCUCAUUGCUACCAACGCAAGAACAAAGGACGCUGGCAUGCUGUAACGUCAUCAGCCUUACAAAUGCUGCUUGUGUUGCCCAUUUUUUCAUUCCUUCUUCAUCUUCUCUAUAUCCCCAACUGAGAACAUGACUCAUUCUGCUCUGCUAUUUUUUACAGGAGACCAUUGACUGGAAUUGGUUGCAAUAUUUUUCUGUGGAAUGUGUUACUGGGAGAAAAAGGAGUUUCAUUUUGUUCAAAAUGUUGGCAGGGGAGUUUGAUUCUGACAUUUCAGUACCAAAUGUGCUUGGCUUUUGUGUGGCUGAAGCUAAAGCUAAGGACGGCCUAACCUAUCCUAAAAUUUCAGGGAUUUUUGCCCUUGACACAGCUGGUUUUAUGUCUAGUGUACAUUUUCCAAGAAUGAGACUGAUAAUUUGCCUUUUCCUGUCUUCAAAAUUAUUCCAGAAAAUUAUUCUGGAAUGUUUAGGUGGGAAUUUGAAUAACUCUGGUAUGUGGUAGUCAGUUCUGAGUAGAUUUGGGAAUACUGUGUGUUAGGAAAUUAUGAAAAAGAUAAUUCUCAGAGUCUUUU